AACAGCGUGGUCUAGCAACCGAUCGGUUGUUACUGAUCGGAGUAACUCAAACGGGAGAGGAGGCCGGUGGUCCAUUGUAGAAUCCCGAGGCACCCCGCAAAGAGGUGUGAGAUCGUCACUUCGUGGGUUUAAUUGCGACAUGGAGAAAAAUAGCGUGAGUGAUAGCCAGGCGGAGCUGGAGUCCGUGGAGGCGGAGCUGGAGGUGGUGGAGCAGCAGAUAGUGGAGCUGCUGGAGCGGCAGUCAAAUCUGAACUCCAAGAAGAGUCAGCUGCUUAAGCGCCUGGAGCGGGCCUCUAACUCUGCCCAGCCCUCAGGCUCCGCCCACUCACAAGGGUCUGGCAGAACCAAGCAGGAUCUGAAGCGCUAUGAGGGCACAGAUUUCCCGUGGUCCAAGGAAGUGCGUCUCCAGAUCUCGGGGACGUUUCGCCUUCCCAAGUUUCGUCCGCUGCAGCUGAAGGCCAUCAACCUCACCAUGUCCGGGAAAGACGUCUUCCUGGUGAUGCCCACGGGUGGCGGAAAGAGCUUGUGCUACCAGCUGCCGGCUGUCUGCUCUGGAGGUUUCACUCUGGUGAUUGCCCCCUUGGUCUCUCUGAUGGAGGAUCAGCUGAUGCACCUGAAGUCCAACAAUGUGCCAGCAGUCACCCUCAAUGCCUCCAGCAGUAAGGAUCACGCCAAGUCGGUGCUGGCCGCCAUGACCGAGGAGAAAACGCCGUUCAAGCUGCUGUAUGUGACUCCAGAGAAGAUAGCCAAGAGCAAGAUGCUGAUGUCCAAACUGGAGAAGGCCCACCAUGCGGGCAAGCUGGAUCGUAUCGCUGUGGAUGAGGUCCACUGCUGCAGCCAGUGGGGCCACGAUUUCAGGCCUGACUACAAGCUCUUGGGAAUCCUGAAGCGCCAAUUUCCCCAGGUGCCGCUGAUCGGACUGACGGCCACUGCCACCAGCAACCUGCUGCAGGACUGUCAGAAGAUCCUGAACGUGCCAGAGCCCGUCACCCUCACCGCGUCCUUCAACAGGACCAACCUCUACUAUGAGGUUCGGACCAAACCAGCAAGUCCAGAAGAUUCCAUUAAUGACAUAGUGGACCUGAUCAGAGACAGAUAUACGAACCAGUCAGGAAUCAUUUACGUAUUCUCCCAGAAAGACGCAGAAGUGGUUUCAGCAGAUCUACAGAAGAAGGGCAUUGCCGCCCAGCCGUACCAUGCCAACAUGGCGCCGGAGGACAAAUCCAGGGUGCACCACCAUUGGAUGGCCAACAAGAUCCAGGUGGUGGUGGCAACCGUGGCGUUUGGGAUGGGCAUAGAUAAGGCUGACGUCAGGUUCGUCAUUCACCAUUCCAUCAGCAAGUCCAUGGAGAACUACUACCAGGAGAGCGGCCGGGCAGGACGGGACGAGAAGCCCGCGGAUUGCAUCCUGUACUUCGGUUUUGCGGAUGUCUUUAGGAAUAGCACCAUGGUUGUCAUGGAGAAUGUUGGCCAGCAGAAGCUCAUGCAGAUGGUGGCGUACUGCCAGAACUGGGAUAGAUGCCGCCGUAUGGUAAUGGCCUCUCAUUUCGACGAGGUCUGGGAUGACAAGGGCUGCAAUGGAAUGUGCGAUGUCUGUCGCCAUGGAAACGAUUGCAUCACAGUAGACAUCACGCAACAUGCCCGAGAGGUGGUGCGGAUUGUGGAGCUUUCCACUGCCGCAGAUGAGAAGAUGACGCCCCUGAAGGUGAUAGAUGCCUGGAUGGGGAAGGGCCCCAGCAAGCAGCGUAAGAUGAUCCAGAUGACCAUGCUGUCCCGCCCAAUGGUGGAAUCCAUCCUCAUCCAUCUGCUACUGCAGGGAUACUUCAGUGAGGACUUCAGCUUCACCCCCUACACCACUUACUUUUACCUGAAGCUGGGUCGCAAGGCUCCGCUGCUGAAGAACGAUAAGCACACUGUCAAAAUGAAAAUGAGGAGGACGCCAGCCGCGGACGAGCAAGAGGCCGGAUCGCCGUCCGGACUGCACACUCCCCCGUCUCCGUCUAGCGGAGACUGCAUUUCACAUGGAAACGACAAAUUCACCAAGAAAUCCAAGAACCAGCAGAAUCAGGCCGUAAAACACAGCGAUGAGCAAGAAGGUACAGCUGGCAGGGGGCCUGUGCUGUUUCAAAGCAAUGGGAAACGUAAGUCGACAACAGCUAAAAAAAAGCAGAGACAGCCAGCAACUGGAGCAACGGAUAGUUCAGGCAGCCCUCCCGUCCACCAGGGGUCAGCAAUAGUCAGUGCUCCUUCAGAGGGAUCCAUCAUUUCUGCUGCUGCUGUGGAGGAGCUUUGUCACCUGCGCAGCUACUAUGGCAGGCAGCUGCAGCGAAUCAACUACGUCUCCCAUGAGCACUUAAACGACACUGACUCUGCCAUAGUAACCUGUACCAAGGGACCCCUGAGAAGCCUGCGGCUGCCCUGGGGCUCAUCCUUUGCAAAGUCCGUACGGAGCCUGUGGACACGAGUCAGCACACGGAGAAGACACCUUAUUAGGCGAGGACUUUGACACAGUCUUUAUCUCUAUUUAUCUGCCUUUGUUCUUGCACUGCUCCAGAAUAAUUAUAGUAAUACACUGUCCAUUGUUCCUGAUGCACAACCGAGUCUGAAAUCGAUUUUCUGCUAAACCCAAUCCUAAAUUGAUAAUUUGAAUAAAAUGUGUAUUUCCAUGUA